AUGAGAAGGACUAUGAAUAUAGAAUACAUACCGGGCCGGGCAACGAAUUGCCGUUCACGGCACUUCAGGACGAGACCUCGGCCGCAACGCCAGCAGGGCGCCGUCACCGUUGUCGCUCACCAGUGCGCUGCGGCCUGGACAGACGCAUGGAGCGCAGAGCCGGGGCCUGAGGCGCAGACAGCUGUGCGGUCGCGCAGGUCCAAGUCGGCUCUCAGGGGCGCCGGCGACGACGAAGCAGGUCGUCCGACGGAGCACGCGCCGCUGCUGAGCCUCCUCGUUAUCCUUCUGCCAACCACCACGACACCCGACCGCCGACUCGAUCUCCCGCCCUCGCCGCCCACGCCGCCGUCGCCCCCGAUCCGCGACGCGUGCCCCGCCCCGAUGGAUUUCCUCAAGUCGGCCGUCGCGUCGGCCAUCGCCAAGGGGCCCCCGUUUCCCUAUUCCUUUGGCGACCGCGUCGACCUCGACCCUUCGAUCUGGACAUUGUACAACGGAACCCGACGAGACGACGGAUCCAACUGCAGCAUCUUCUCCUUCGAUGUCACCGCAAACAAAGCGCGCCUCCCGCUGGCCCGCAACGCCCUCAAGAAGCUGCGCACCCUACGACACCCCGGCGUCAUCAGGGUGCUCGACACCGUCGAGACGGACACGUACAUCUACAUUGCGACCGAGCGCCUGGUGCCCCUGCGGUGGCAUGUGAAGCGCAAGAGCCUGAGCCCUGAGACGCUGAAGUGGGGAUUGUCCAGUGUUGCUCGUACAAUCAAAUUCAUCAACGGUGACGCCUCGUCUGUCCACGGCAGCCUCAAAGUCGCCUCGAUCUUCACAUCCGAGAGCGGCGAGUGGAAACUCGGCGGCUUCGAGGUUCUCAGCAACGUCAAGGACGACGACGCCAUCAUCUACAACUACGGCAGCCUAGUCCCGGAUGCUGCCCGCUACACCCCGCCGGAGCUGGCCCGCAACGGCUGGGACGCCAUCAAGCGCAGCAACCACUGGGCCGUCGACUCCUUCAACUUUGGCGUGCUCAUCUACGAGGUCUUCAACGGCGACUUUGCCAGCAGCGACCAGGCCGGCCAGACCAAGAACGUGCCGCCCACCAUGCAGACCGGCUACAAGCGCCUUGUGAAUGCCAACCCCAAGGCCCGCAUCAGCGUCGCAAACUUCCUCGAAAUGGGCCAGCGCCACGGCGCCUUCUUCGACUCGCCUUUGAUCAAGCUGACGGACGGCAUUGAGAACCUCGGCGUCAAGACCGAGGAGGAACGGGAGCGCUUCUUGGACGACCUGGACGAACUGACAGACGACUUCCCUGAGGACUUUUUCAAGAUGAAGGUGCUGCCCGAGCUCCUCAAGUCCGUCGAGUUUGGCGGCGGCGGCCCCAAGGCCUUUGGCAUCGUCAUGAAGAUCGGCACAAAGCUGUCCAACGACGACUUUGAGACCAAGGUCACGCCCGUCGUCAUCCGCCUCUUUGCCAACCCCGACCGCGGCAUCCGCGUCUGCCUGCUCGACAACCUGCCGCUCAUGAUCGACCGCUUCCCGCAACGCAUCGUCAACGACAAGAUUUUCCCCCAGAUCGUCGGCGGAUUCACCGACCUUGCGCCCAUUGUGCGCGAGCAGACGCUCAAAUCCGUCCUUGUCUUUGUGCCCAAGCUGUCCGACCGCACCAUCAACGGCGAGCUACUGCGCUAUCUGGCCAAGACGGCCAACGAUGAGCAGCCGGGCAUCCGCACCAACACGACCAUUUGCCUCGGCAAGAUUGCCAAGAACUUGGGCACCUCUUCGCGCAGCAAGGUGCUCAUUGCCGCCUUCUCGCGGUCGCUGCGCGAUCCCUUUGUACACGCGCGCAACGCCGCACUGCUGGCGCUCGCAGCGACGGCCGAGCACUUUUCACCCGAUGACAUUGCCGGGCGCAUCCUACCCGCCAUUUGUGCCGUGCUGCUCGACAAGGAGAAGCUGGUGCGUGACCAGGCCACCAAGACCAUGGACGUUUUCAUGGACCGCAUUCGCAAAGCAGCCGCGGCGAUGCCCGACUCGGUCCUGCCGCCACCCUCGGCAACAGCGGGUGGCGAUGCCAACGCCAACGGCGCCGCGCGCAUGAGCACGCCGCAGCCCGACGCAAAUUCCGGGUCCACCAGCUCCUGGGCCGGCUGGGCCAUUUCCUCGUUUACAAACAAGAUGUCCGCCGCGGCCGGCGAGAUGGAGUCGGGCGCGGCCGGUUCGGCGUCCACGCCGAUGCCGUCUGCCACAGCCCAACCCGGCCGACCGACCAUGCACAGCACGGCCUCGGCCUCGACGCUGCACCGCCAGGCCGUGCGCUCGCCGUCGGCCUCGCAGCCCGUGUCGCGGAACUCGUCCUCCUCGAAUGUGGGAGGCGACUCGUACUUUGCGGAUGCAGCCGACAAUGCCGAUGCCGCCGCCGAGGACGAUGCGUGGGGCGCCAUGGACGACGGCUUUGGCGAUGACGGCGGCGAUGCGUGGGGUAACGAUGACUUUGACAACGGCGACGGGAAUGCGGAUCCCUUCGCGGCAAAGACGACGACAAAAGCGGCAGCAGCCACGUCGAGCCGAACCGCCAGCGGUACUGGCGGCGUGCAGCCGUUUGGCGACGACGAUGCGGAGCCCGACUUUGCGGGCUGGCUGGCAGCGCAGGAGGCCAAGAAGAAGAAGAGCAGCAUCGCCGGCGGCGGCAAGGCACUGCCCAAGGGCCUAGCGAAGACCGGAACGGGCUCGGCCUCGUCGAGCCGGGUACCGUCGGCGUCACGGCCCGCAGCAAAACCCGCCGCCAAGCCGGCAGCGAAACCCGCCGCCAAGCCGGUGACCAAAAAGAUCAACCUGGCGCCAAAAGACGACGACGAUGCCGACGGCUGGGGCGACGGGUGGUGA